UCAAGCCUACUGCCUACACAUGCCCAGUGGGGGGGCCAGCACCCGCGUCUGACCCAGGUGUCACCAACCCCUGUGAUUCAACCAGCACCGAGUGCACAACCGAAGCCUGCGGAAUACCACACGCCUGCUCCGGUGAAGCAAGAUUCACCCCUGCAGAAACCUGUACACCAGGUAAGGUCGCCGACGACUCCCGCACCCGCACCCACAACCUCCCCCUCUCCCUGCCGCGUUGAACAGCUGGAGCUGGGGCUGACGGAGCUUACCUCUCGCGUAACCGCACUGACAUCCCUCGUUGAGAUGCAACAAAAACGUAUCGAGGCACAAGACCAACGUAUUUCCAACCUCGAGACGCUCAUUUCAAACCUCACACAGUCCCUUGACAAUCUGAACUCCACCAUAAACAAAGCAUUUAAUGACGCCCCAGGCCCUAUGGAAGACAAGAACCACCCCUUCAAGCGCACCCACCCCAUACCCGCUGCGUCAGUAGGCCUAGCCCCCAAAAUUAAGCCCGCCACCCUUCUCGCUCCACCCAACCCUUCCAAUAACAAGCAUCAUGGCGAUCACAAUAAUUCAGUGGAACUGCCGUAGCCUCUCCACAAACCGCACCCCCUUACAGCAAUGGCUCCUUACGCAAACCACACUACCUCACUUUAUCCUACUACAAGAAACAAGGCAUACCAAAAACAUCCCAGGCUACCGAGCUCUGCACGCCGACCCCGCCGCGCCGCUGUCUUCCAUUUAUAUUCGCCGGGAUAUCGCUUAUGAAGUGGAAGAUGUUCCAUCCACGUUACUUCCAUAUGUAACAGCCAUUUCGUAUUACCCAGACCCCCCGAACCCACCUCUCACACUUGUGAACGUCUAUAAUCCCCCAAAUUCUACCACAAUUCUCUCUCCUCUCUUUCAUUUUCUUCGAUCCUUUCGAAAACACCGUGACAUUAUUCUUGGCGGAGACUUCAAUGCCCCAAAUACCAUCUGGGGUUACCCAAACACUCUGCGCCCUGGCCGCCUUCUUCACGCACACACUAUGCAGCACUCAUAUACACUCAUCAAUACACCAGACACACCCACACGAGACGGAAACGCAAAACAACGUCAUACAACGCCUGACCUCACCUUUCACCAUGGCCACAAUCCUCCAGAGACUUGGCAAGUCCUUCCGGACACCCUCCUAUCCGACCAUCACAUAAUUGAAAUUAAACUGACACUCACUCACAAACCCAAAAAACGCAUCACCCAGACCAACUGGCACCUCUUUCGUCGCCUGCGAGUCCAGGAGUCAACUCCCAACUAUGAUGUGUGGGUGGACUCGCUACGGCGAACGCGGUCGCAGACCACCACCACUACAGAAGCUAACCCCCCGUCGGACCACGCUGACCCACACCUCAUGCGUCUCUGGAGACGCCGUAAACGCCUCCUUAGUCGCAUCCGCACCCAACCUAACAACAUCCAGCUUAGACAUACAUUAGACAUACUCAACACUGACAUACUAACUCACUGCUCCAUCCUUGAGACAACAAAUUGGAAUCGCAUAUGCGAUUCUAUCAACUCUUCCCUCCAGACUAAAUCAGCCUGGUUGAUCCUCCGGUCCCUCCUUGGCCCUCAACCUGCUCCUCUCCCCACAAUCCAAAAGCAUCUCUCCGAGCAUGGUGCUACUUCCCUCCUUCAACAGGUCACGGAUAUAUACAUCCCUCCUCCACUUCCUUCCCUGUACCCUGAGUACACAGGGCCUUCCAAUAGCGGUUUGGACAGCCCCUUCACUCUGCCGGACCUAGAACGAGCUUUGGCUCAAAACAAAACUGGUACCACUCCGGGUGCGGACCACAUCACUUACUCUCUGUUGAAGAACAUGCCUGAUUCGGAUAAAGAAUUUCUUUUAAACAAAAUAAAUGAACACUGGGCCAACGGCACUCUUCCCGAUGAAUGGACCUCUUCCAUCAUUACUCUAAUACCAAAGCCCGGCAAGCCCGCCACACUCUCCAACCUGCGAUCCAUUUCACUUACUUCCUGUGUCGGGAAAACCAUGGAACGCAUGGUACUCGCACGUCUUACGGAUCUUCUCGACGAUACUCACUUCCUUCCGCACAAUCAGAUUGGUUUCCGCCCCCACAUGUCUACUCAAGACCUCUUUCUCCUUCUCCAGGAAACUUUCUUUCAACCUUCGAGGUGUCAAGUUCACGCACUUGUCACUGUGGACGUGCGCAAGGCCUUCGAUACCUUACUUCAUGACGCUAUCCUCUCCCCCCUCGAAGACACCGGCUGUGGAUCCCGACUCUACUGUUACGUUUCUUCUUUUCUCCGCUCUCGACAAGCUCAGUUCCGACUCGGGACCACGUUGUCCCCGCCCAUCGCGCUCACCCGCGGAACACCUCAAGGUGAUGUGCUCUCUCCAACCCUCUUUAAUCUCGGGCUAGCCCCUCUCGCAAAAUCCUUGUCGGAGAUUCCGCACCUACAGUCAAUUCUCUAUGCUGAUGAUAUAACCCUUUGGUGUACUCACGGCUCACCGGGGGAGGUGGAAUUCACAUUACAAUCCGGCCUCAACCUCAUUUCCGAAUUCCUUUCCCGCUCUGGUAUGCAAGCAGCUCCAGAGAAAUCUGAGCUGCUGCUCCUUUCCGCUACAAAGUACCAACGGUCAGUAAACCCCCUCCUUAAUCUCACUCUCCCCGGUACUCCCAUCCCCCGCACGUCAUCCUGCCGGGUUUUAGGCUUUCCCCUCCAAGACCACUCUUUCAGCCGCGCAAUACAGUCCACGAUCACCACCUGCCACCAAGUAACUCACUUAGUCCGACGAGUGGUCAGGCGGCGCGGUGGUCUCGACGAAUGCAGAGCCAAUCAACUUGUAACAGCUUUUGCCUUGAACAAAAUCCUUUAUUCCCUGCCAUACUGCACACUUACGCAGACGCAAAUGCAUCGCAUUCAAUCGGCUUUAAACACUCUCUAUAAAGCUGCCCUACAUCUUCCGACACACGCAUCCACAGCCAAACUAUACGCAACAGGCUUAUUUCUUCCCCUUGCAGAGCUCUUGUGCCUCCAUAGGGAUCGACAACUUGGCCGCCUAUCCAGCUCUGCGCAGGGUCAUUGGCUACUGCAGCGGGCUGGCAUCCGGCCCAUUGACUUUCCUCUGUACACUCCUCAACGACCUCUUCCCAGCAAUCUCCGCUGUGCCCCUAUUCCCUCUAAUAUGACCCCACAUCUUCAUGAGGGACGACGACAAGCCCGCGCUCACUUCCACGACCCUUUUCCACCGGACACUUUCACAUGCUACGUCGACGCAGCGUAUUACCAAACUCAUGGCUCCACUGCUUGUGUGACAAUGCCGACCCCCCUUGGCAUUCCCAUCACUUCCACCGCUGGCCCCUUCUCACUUCCUACUUCUUCUCUAUCCCUUGAAUUGGCCGCGAUCGUUCACGCAACGCACGAACUAACCCUUCUUCCUCCCUCUCCUCGGUAUCGCAUUUGCUCGGACUCCAUGGCGGCAAUCAGGGCUCUUCGCGACAACAGACUUCCCGAUAAUCUUCAUGACGACCUUUCUGACGCUCUCUCCCUUCUCUCCCCUGCUUUGGUCACUGUGGUGUGGGUGCCAGGUCAUGCGGGGAUUAUCGGCAAUAAGCUCGCUCAUGAGCUUGCCCGCGAGAUUAAUAGCCGGGCGCCGACGAUCCCCUGGCCUUGCCCGCCCAUAGCGGACGAGGCACACUUUUAUAAGAAAACUCUGAAGCAGCACUACAAACACCUCCGGCAUUCAUUGCAGACGCUUCCGCCACCACACCCUCGUCUCUCCACUGCCCAAGUACGCACCCUCAGGGCCAUCCAGCUCAACACCUUGAUCACUCCAGCACGCCUAUACCUUUAUCGUUACCGCUCAGACCCCUCAUGUCCCAACUGCCCCUCUACGUACGCAAAUGUAGAGCACAUCCUUUUCUCUUGCCCGGCAGCCCUACAAUCCCCUCACUACCCUAACCCCCCACCUCCCCACUGGCGGGUGUGGUUGGCGUCGGCGGCCUUCGCCGACCAGCUGGCCAUGGUCCUCCUGGCGGAGGAAUAUCUAUAGGUCUUAGUCUGACCUCGAAUAAAGUCUU